GGCUCUUUGCCGGCUUAGUGCUAGGCCAGAAGUUGAGCCCAUGCGGGACCCGAACCUGUGAGUGGACACCAGCCCUCUUCUGACUCGCAGCAGGGAGGCCCUAGCCCGCGCCAGCUGCGCUCGCGGCGGCCGCCCGCACCUGCACUGGUGUUCGCAUCCAGCUGCGAGGCUGAAGCUCCCCAGUCCCAGAGGGCACCCCACACUUGCAGCGGCUGGGCCGCGCCCCAUCUAUCUGCAGCUGCGCGCCGGCACCCAACAGAGAGACGGGGGCGGUGUUCCCAGUGUCCCAGUGAAGCCCUCCUGUUUCCCGGCUCUGUGAGAGGAUUGUGUGGGGUUUCUGUGGGAUGCGCACCCGGCUCCCUCUUCUGGGACAGGUAGACUUUCCUGAUGCUGUGGGCCCGUUUUCGAAUCUGGCAUCUCUGGCCUUUGGAAGUAUGAUCAGCUGGGGCAGACACUGAGCCGGGUGUCAGAGCGACCCUUCUGAAAAAUAUAUCGUUUCCUCCCCCAGGAGCGCCACUCUUUCGCUCGCCUUCCCCAGUACUCUUACCUUUGAAAGGCUGCUGAGCAUAGAGGUAGACUUAAGGCACAGAAAUGCAGUUGGAUUUUCAGAGACUCUUGGGACCUCCUAGGCUGCCGUCCCUGAAGCAUGAUCAGUAGAGAGACCCCCAUCUCUGUAGGCAAGGGUUGGGAGAUUCAAUUUUGAAUUUCUCCAUAUCUGCCCUGACCAACCUGUAGGCAAAAGAUCCAGGAUCCAGUCAUACUUCAAUGGACCCCAGGGGCAUCCUGAAAGCAUUUCCCAAGAGAAAGAAAAUACAUGCCAACCCACCAUCAAAUGCACCUGCAAAGAUUCCCAAGCGGCAAGAGAGAGAGGAAGCAGGAGCGAUGACUCAUGAAGAAAUUGGGCUGUGUACCUGUCAUAGAACUUCCAGAAGGCAGGUUGUUUGGAUCAAAGAAAAUGAUUGUCUGGGGGAGAAAGGUCUGAAAAUGGUUCAUUCUGAUCAUACCUAAGAGUUGUAAAAAUAAGGCACAUGGAUGUCCCCUCCACAGAAUGGCUGAGUUCCCUGAGAGCCCAUGUUGUGCCCACUGGUAUUGGACGGGCCCGGGCAGAACUCUUUGAGAAGCAGAUUAUCCAGCAUGGUGGGCAGAUAUGCCCUGCCCAGGCCCCGGGUGUCACACACAUUGUGGUGGAUGAAGCCAUGGACUGUGAGCGGGCCCUCCGCCUCCUCAGAUUGCCUCAGCUGCCCCCCGGUGCUCAGCUGGUGAAGUCAACCUGGCUGAGCUUGUGCCUGCAGGAGAGAAGGCUGGUGGACACAGCUGGCUUCUGUAUCUUUAUCCCCAGCAGGUACUUGAACCAAUCGCAGUCCAGUCAGACAGACCAAGACUCUUCUGCUCCUUCUGCUUCUCCUGGAACCUGCGAAGUUCUGCUGAAAACGGCUGUCUGUCCUCCCAGUGGGGAUGCAUCUCUUCCCCAAAAGGCAGAAGAGGCAUCAAGUACCCAUAUUCAGCCCAGCUCUGACGAUGAAACUAGUGACUCGGAAGGGCCCCAGGUUAGUGCAGCUGAUCUGGAGGCUUUGAUCAGUGGCCACUACCCUGCCACACCUGAGGAAAACAGUGGGCCUGGCCCAGCCACAGAAACCCUGGAUAAGUGGGUCUGUGCACAAUCCUCGAGCCAGAAGGUGACCAACCAUAACCUUCACAUCACAGAGAAGCUGGAAGUGCUGGCGAAUGCCUACAACAUUCAGGGAGACAAAUGGAGAGCCCUGGGUUAUGCCAAAGCCAUCAAUGCCCUCAAGAGCUUCCACAAGCCUGUCAGCUCCUACCAGGAAGCCUGCAGCAUCCCUGGGGUUGGGAAGCGGAUGGCUGAGAAGAUACAGGAGAUCCUGGAGAGCGGGCAUUUGCGGAAGCUGGACCACAUCAGCGAGAGUGUGCCUGUCCUGCAGCUCUUCUCCAGCAUCUGGGGAGCCGGCACCAAGACUGCCCAGAUGUGGUACCAUCAGGGCUUCCGGAGCCUGGAAGACAUUCGCAACCUGGCCUCCCUGACUGCCCAGCAAGCCAUUGGCCUGAAGCAUUACAGUGACUUCCUGGAGCGCAUGCCCAGAGACGAAGCUGCAGAGAUUGAGCAGACAGUCCGAGCAGCAGCCUACACCUGCAAUCCUGGACUGUUAUGUGUGGCGUGUGGCUCCUACCGCCGGGGGAAGCCAACCUGCGGAGACGUGGACGUGCUCAUCACCCACCCCGACGGCAGGUCCCACCGGGGUGUCUUCAGUCGCCUCCUGGAUGGACUUAGGCAGCAAGGGUUCCUCACAGAUGACUUGGUGAGCCAGGAGGACAACGGCCAGCAACAGAAGUACCUGGGCGUGUGCCGGCUCCCGGGGCCCAGGCGGCGACACCGGCGCCUGGACAUCAUCGUGGUGCCCUAUGGCGAGUUUGCCUGUGCCCUGCUCUACUUCACUGGCUCUGCCCACUUCAACCGCUCCAUGCGGGCACUGGCCAAGACCAAGGGUAUGAGCCUGUCGGAGCAUGCCCUCAGCACAGUCAUCCGCAACCCUCGGGGCUUGAAGGUGGGGCCUGGCCAAGUGUUGCCCACCCCCACAGAGAAGGACGUCUUCCGGCUCCUAGGCCUGCCCUACCGUGAGCCAGCUGAGCGUGACUGGUGACCCCCGGCCCCAGCUGAACCUUCCUGCUUCAGCCACCACCGGCUGUGCUAUGCCAUGGAACAUGAGCCUGGGUUUGGGCCUGGGGAAAAGAGCCAGGCUGGCUCCAGGGUUCUAGGAUCUCUCCUGCCUCACGGCCACCCCUUGUGGACUUCUGCAUGUUUUGGGGUCCAGGGUGGGUCAGCCCAAGCCCCUACCACACACAGCCUUGUCCUCGGUGAGGCAGGAAAGGGUGGCUGGUUGGAGGCCAGCUUCCUGAGUGUCCUUCCCGCCCUGUGGAAGGACACUCCUCCCACCACCCUUUUAGUUGCUGCCCUGCAGCUGGAGCUGCUGGGAAGCGUGCCCCACUCUGCCUCAAGGCCCAGGGCCCAGUAAAGUAUACUGGACAUCA